CUGUGACCUCCGCCAUACAGCUCCACCAUAUAGCACAAGAUUCAGCUGCUGUCAGUCACACCGCUGCAUCUGCACAGAACAAGCUCCACCGUCGACGCCGCCACUCGCCCCCUCUCCAAUUCGCCUUCGCGCCACUACUUACGACAGCGAUGUUGGCAGCUCGUCGUCUGUCGUUGACGCGGCCACUCGCCUUCCGCUGUCUCGCUUCUCCCUUCCACUCCUCCGCUCCCGCUCAGGUGCAGGUCGGCGACAGGAUCCCGCAUAUCAACCUCAUGGAGGGCUCGCCGGGCAACAAAGUCAAUCUCGCCCAGGAACUGAAGAAGGGAAAGGGUCUGAUCAUCGGAGUGCCUGCCGCCUUCAGUCCUGCCUGUUCAGAGAGCCAUAUCCCAGGCUAUAUCAACUCUGCCAAGCUCAAAGAUGCGGGCUCCGUGUUCGUCGUGUCUGUCAAUGAUGCAUUUGUCAUGAAGGCUUGGGGCAAGAUCCUUGACCCGUCCAACACAAGCGGUAUUCGCUUCCUCGCAGAUCCUGGACUGAACUUCACCAACGCACUCGACCUCUCUUUUGAUGGUAGUGCAAUCUUUGGGGGCCACCGUGGAAAGCGUUAUGCUUUGUUGGUUGAGGAUGGCUUUAUCAAGGAGGCACAUGUCGAGUCCGACAACACAGGUUUAGACGUGUCUGCCGCAGGAAAUGUGCUCGGUUCUUGAGGCACCAUCACUUCCCAUCCCCUGACUGGGUUUAUUUGACCAUGUAUGGUUGUCUGAAGAAGCGAUCAUUUCAUGAUUCACACCAACGUGAGACGUCUUGGUGGGUCAGGAUCACCAUAGAUGGAGUGGCGUAUUGCUGUGGCUACAAGGUAGUGCUCUAACCUAAUCUACCAAAUUAGCAAUUGCCC